GUACAAGAAAAUUUCGGCCAUAUGUUGUCAGAAACAGAUUCGGUAGGCUCUACUGCCUUCUACUACAUACAACUUAGGGCAUUCGCACAAGUUUAUGGGACCCGAGGGGCUGGUUUUAAUAACCCAACUUGUAACUAGCCUUUGUUACAAAUGCCUUAGACCAAUAUUUACAUGGUAAACCCUCUCAACAAAUGCACGAAAAUGCAGAAAAGUCAAGUAAGUUAAAAGUCUAAUUUAACAAAUUUCAUAAGCGUUGAACCUGUGCAUGAUGCUCCGACA